AUUUUUUUAAAACAUCGCCAGUAGUGACAGGACAGGCUCUCUACAACUACACAACCGAGAGAUGACCGCACACAUUAGGUAGUUUGAUAGCUAUCUAGCUAGCUAGCUAGCUUUUGAUUGUUUCAACUGUUUCUACAUAGUUUUAUUGAUUUGGCAACCGUGCUUGGUGGAGUGAUAGGUUGUUACGUCUGUAAUGUAAUAACAGUAGAAGAGCUAUGUGAGUCCCCCGACCGGCUGCCCGACCACCUAGUCCAGCAGCAGCAGGUCCUCAGUUAGCUACAGUAGUACCUCAGUGUGCCUCAGUGCCCAACUCUCUCUCUCUGUAGGGCUGUGGGGUAAGGGUGAUGUCAGAGGGCCUGGGGCCAGAGGGGGGGCACUCACAGCCUGCCCCCACCAUCACUGUUCAGGACCUGUCAGACAGACCUGCACAUACACCUCUGGACAGGAUCACACCUGCGCACACACUUCUGGAUGGGAACACGCCUGUGGAGCAGGUGUCUGGAGUGGUGGAGGAGACCUCCCCUUCCUCCACUUCCUCCUUCGAGUUGGUUGACAUGGAGCCAGCCCCGCCCCUGUACCAGCCCGUGCAACCCCAUUGGUUCUACUGUCGCCGUGUCGACUCCAAGGAUGUGUGGCUCCCUUUCAGCAGAGAGGACUCGGAGAGACUGGAACAGGCCUUGUCUACCGCAGGAGAGGAGGAGGUGGUGGUGGCAGUAGAAGGGGAGAGGUAUGACGUGCGUGUUCGGGAGCGGCAGAGGUAUGCGGUGUACUGGGAGCAGGGCCCGUCAGAGGUGCGACGCUGUACCUGGUUCUAUAAAGGAGAUAAAGAUACCAGAUACAUGCCCUACCCAGAGGAGUUCAGCACCAACCUGGAGGAGGCCUAUAUGAUAGCAGUGACUCUAGAUGAGUGGAAGAGGAAGCUGGAUUUUCCUUCAGGAGAGACAGUCAUCCUGCACAACCCUAAACUGAUCAUGCAGUACCAGCCAAUCUCGUUGCAGGACGAGUGGGUCUCCUCUCCCUCGGAGCAGACUCGCCCACGUACUGUCAAGAGAGGUGUCGACAACAUCACAGCAGAGAUACCUGACGGUGAACCAGAGACAAUAGAUCACCUGGUAUUCAUGGUUCACGGCAUCGGCCCCGCCUGUGACAUCCGCUUCAGAUCUAUCAUACAGUGUGUGAAUGACUUCAGGAGUGCGUCCCUAUCCCUACUGGGGAGCCAUUACAGGAGAGGCCAGGAGGAGGGCAGGGUGGGCAGAGUGGAGUUCCUACCUGUCAACUGGCACAGCGCACUACACGGAGAUGCCACUGGAGUAGACGAGGACAUUCAGAGGAUCACUCUCCCCAGUAUCAGUCGUCUGAGACAUUUCACCAAUGACACUCUGCUCGACCUGUUCUUCUACAACAGUCCUACCUACUGCCAGACCAUAGUGGACACUGUGGCCUCCGAGGUUAACAAGCUCCACUCACUGUUCAAACACAGACACCCAGAAUUCACUGGAGCAGUGUCUGUGGUUGGACACAGCCUGGGCUCGCUGAUCCUGUUUGAUCUGCUGACCAAUCAGAAGACAGGAUCAGGAGAGGCAGACAGAGAUGAGGGUCGUAACCGUGACCCCUGCCCUCUGACCUGUGAUGCGUUGGAGCAGGCUCUAUGCAAAAUGGGCCUCCAGGAGCACCUGGCUACACUACAGAGCGUGGACCUAGACCUUGACUCAUUGGCUAUGUGUGACGAAACUGACCUGACAGAGCUCGGAAUCCCUCUGGGACCGAGGAAGAAGAUCCUGAGCUUCAUACGGAAGAGACACUUCCUACAGGAGGGUCGGCAGGGAACGGUGCUUUUGGCCCCCGGGCUGCAGGCCCUUCCAGACCCCUCCGAAGAUUCCCCCUCUCCCACGGUUAGCUUUGGCAACCAGUCUUCAGAGGCGUCAGCACGCCGACAGCAGUUUCUCAGAGCCCAGUCCAUAACCAGCGCCGUUGACUACGAAUACUUCGACGUGGGCAUUGGACAGACCAACGGGGGCAUAGCCAAGGGACAGGUGUCCAUUAACUACCCCCAGCUGGCAUUCCAUCCUCAGACCUUCUUUGCGUUCGGUUCUCCCAUCGGAAUGUUCCUGACUGUCCGUGGACUCAAACGCAUCGACCCAAACUACACCUUUCCCACCUGCAAGAACUUCUAUAACAUAUACCACCCUUUUGACCCUGUGGCCUAUCGGAUCGAGCCCAUGAUUGUGUCUGAGUCAGACCUAGAGCCCAUGCUGAUCCCACAUCACAAGGGCCGCAAGAGGAUGCACCUGGAGUUGAAAGAGAGUCUGACGCGGAUGAGUACUGAUCUGAAGAAUAACGUUCUCGGCUCGUUUCGUACUGCCUGGCAGUCUCUGGUCCGAAUGCCUGUCGCUGCACUGCCCCCUGUCGAGGAUGGAGAAACUACAGCAGAGAGAUCCUUGCAAGAGACAGAGACCCCUGCAGCAGCCUGCGCUGCUGUGAGGGAAAAGAGUAAGGCUGAUUUGUGGACUAAAAUUCUGGAGUGGCCCAAAGCCCUUCACUUACAUUACUUCCAAGGUGUGCAUGAAGAGGUGGAGUCUCCAGGGUCGGCAGAGGACAAGGGGCGUCAGGUGAAGGUGGGGAUGCUGAAUGGAGGGCGGAGGAUAGACUAUGUACUGCAGGAGGCGCCAAUUGAGAGUUUCAACGAAUAUCUGUUUGCCAUCCAGUCCCACCUCUGCUACUGGGAGUCUGAGGACACUGCUCUGCUGCUGCUAAAGGAGAUCUACGACAAACUGGGUGUGGCCUUUGAGCAGCCACAGCAAUAACAAAGGCUUUAUAAACACAGAGACCGGUAUAAAGGCUUCAUAACAACACAUGAAUUCCAUGGAGAUGCACCAACGAGGCCCUUUGCUUUAUUAGGAGCUGAAAGGAGUAAGUCAGUGAAAACACAGAGAUAUAAAUAUUGAAUAACCACAGAGUUUUAAAGGCUUUAUAAACACACAGAGAGGGCUAUAAAGUCUUUAUACAUACACAGAGCGUUAUUUAUAAGUUACUAAAAUGUAAUGAAAGCAACAUGAAAAAGGACAUGCAGCCACUGCUCUCUCCCAGAAUUCUUUGUGUCUGAGCCUCACAAAACCAUUGAGUCACCUCCUCGGACAGAUGGCGCCUGCCUCUGGGUGUGUGUGUGUCAAGAGUGUGACAGAGAAGUGCUCCUUGAAGAACCAAACCUGUCCCAGCUGACAUGAAGAGGACUGGAGAACCCAUUGGAGAUGAGCUCUCUAGUGCAUUUCUAUCUCUGAAAUUUCUCGUCCUGUGACCACAUGGGCAGCAACAUUGAAUACUAUCCAAGUGAGCCCUCUACCCAACUCUAUGGGAGAACCAUAGGGAAGACUGGUUUUCCAUUUUCCUAAAACCACACUGAAGGAUCUGGGUUUGAGCUGCUGGAUCCUCCUGUUGAAGGGGCAGACUGCAUUUAACAUGUGUGUUUCUAAAGAAUCAGAUCCUGUUUGAUCAUGUCUGGAUCAUAACUUUUAUAUAUGUUAUUUUCAGGUCAUUUCUUUUUACUUGGCCUUAGACUUGACAUGUCCUAUAAUACAUUUACAACAAUGCAGGAUGAUAAUUCCUCUCCUGUGUGUUUAGUGCAUGUCUCCAGAAGGUUGUAUACCAGUACGUAUCAGUACGUACUUGACUACCAAAAAGGUAGCACUUUACUUAGGUGCUGCUUAAGGCUUAGAAAAGCAUUUUAUAAAGGGCAUUACAACUCUUUACAUCAUGCAUAUGAAGGCUGCAUGUCACGCUUAAGUAAAGUGUUACCAUAAAAAGUACUCCACCCAUAAUUCCAGUGCAAUGUGAUGUUCUGAUAAUCUCACUCCUCUCUAGAUGAACUGACUGACUAUAGAUAAUUACAUUUUUGGAUUUAUUUGUAUCAUGUAAAAGCUAAGUAUUAAAAUUAUUGUAGAAAA